UAAGGAUAUGUGGUUUUAUUUAUUUUUUUCUGCAUCUGUUGAUGCCUGGCACUCUUGGAUCCUCAGCGACUGGAGCUGCAGGCAGCAGACAUGUGGGUGCUGGGAACUGAACUCACGUCCUCUGGAAGACCAGCCAGAGUUCUUUAUCAUUGAGCCAUUUCCCAACCCCGGAUAUGUGGUUUUAUAAAGAUGUACAGUUUUAAUUCUAUUCUCAACCCAAGGAAGCUGGUCGGGGCAAAGUCCGUGAUUUUGCUAAAUGAUUUAUGGAUCUUCUAUGUACAUUAUGAAAAGUGAAUAACGUUCCUCUGCUUAAUGGGAUUUGAGAUUUUCGAGUUCAUCCUUUGGCCCCAGGAGUUGUUAUGGGACAAUUAUAAGGUGAUAUACCUAAAAAUGGGAGUAACAAAAAUCACGGCUUAAAUGUCUGUUUCACGAAGUGAAAGGGCCAGAUAAAAGUUAGGUUUGUGAUUGUAAUCCUGGCUAGGAAACUUCUCAUUUGUCUAUAGAAGUGAACGGUUAAUAAGAUAAAGACACAGUGCUGAAAAUGAGGAUUAUCCUUAUCACGAUAGACUGCAAAGUGUGCCCUGGCACAGAGAUCUCAAGCCUGCAGCAGGUAGAAUGGCUGCCUGGUUUGAAGAAAACGGCCUAGUUCUAGCAGUUCCCGGAGAUCGCUGCCCCUCCUCCCAGGUGUUACUGUGGCAACAAAGCACGCGAUGCCCUGCUAUCCAGCCGUUACCUUCCUAAGGCUGGUCACUUGUGACACCAGACGCCAAGCGCGCCCUAGACACCCCAGUUCAGGCUGAUCCUUCACCCGGCUGAGGGGCCGAGUGGGGCACCAUGGCCAAGGCGACGGCCUCUUCAGCGCUAGAGGACUUGGAUCUGAGCGGAGAGGAGGUGCAGAGGCUCACCUCCGCCUUUCAGGACCCAGAGUUCCGCCGAAUGUUCUCCGAGUACGCCUCGGAGAUCACCGACCCUGAGAACCGGAGACGCUACGAGGAGGAGAUCACAGCGCUGGAGCGGGAGCGUGGGGUGGAGGUGCGGUUCGUGCACCCGGAGCCGGGCCACGUGCUGCGUACCAGCCUGGACGGGGAGCAUCGCUGCUUCGUGAACGUGUGCAGCAACUCGCUGGUAGGCGCGCCCAGCAGCCGGCCGGGCCCGGGGAGCGGCGGCACGGCCACUGGCAGCCACUGGUCCCUGCCCUACAGCUUGGCUCCCGGCCGCAAGUAUGCAGGGCGCAGCGGCUCCCGCUACACAGUCUACGACGUGGUCUUCCACCCGAACGCGCUAGCGCUGGCCCGGAGCCACGAGCGAUUCCGCGAAAUGCUGAACGCCACGGCCCUGGAGGCGGUGGAGCAGCAGUUCGGCGUCAGGCUGGACCGCAGGAACGCUAAGACCCUGAAGAUCAAGUACAAGGGGGUGCCCGAGGCCGCCGUCCUCCGCACGCCCCUUCCCGGGGGUGUCCCAGCCCAGCCCGAGGGGGAGCCGCCUGGGCUUCUCCCGGACCUGCUGUCCCCGUACCGCUACCCCACGGCGGCGGAGAGCACGGCUCGCACACCGGCGCCCCCGGCUCCCCAGGCCGAGCAGCGGCCGGAGCCCACGGAGCCGCGCUGUACCGUGGUGCAGCGCCACCUGUGCCUGGACUCCCGGAGCCCCGACUACCGACUGCGGCUCUCGCUGCCCUACCCGGUGGACGACGGCCGCGGCAAGGCGCAGUACAACAAGGCGCGGCGGCAGCUGGUGGUCACGCUGCCAGUGGCGCUGCACAUCGCGCGCCAAGACCUUGCCGCGACGCCGGAAGAGUCGGCGGCCGAGACCGGAACUGACGGCGCAGCCUGCGCUUCCGAGGGCGACCCUGCUGCGGCGCGGGGAGAGCCGGCGGAGGGGACCCGAGCUGAUCGCGGGGACGAGAGCGGCGUGGGAGCCCCAGGCUUCAGGGCUGCAGACGCUGAAGAGGAGCGAGACUUCGGUAGGGACUCGGUGGAAGGUGGGGACCGAAGCCUCCCUUGUACUGCGUUCCCGGGCUGCGACACCGAGUCCCCUGCGGGAAGACGGGGAUCGUGCGGAGACCUCAGUGCCCAGACGAGUGAGCAGCAGGAGGAGACCCUCCACGACGCCUCGAGCCCAGCCAUGGGUGGCCCCGGAGCCGAGAGCAUCGAACCGUUGUGCCCUCCUUUGCGGUGUAAUCAGGACGAGGACUCCUUGACUUUGCUCAUUGAAGUGCCUCGGAUUCAGCCGCAAAGUCUUCACGGGGACCUGAGUCCCCUCCGUUACAAAUUGUGCUUCUCCACACCAGACUCAGGCUAUUCCUUCACUUUACAGUUUGCUCCAGAGAAUACAUUGAGUACCAAAGAACCCGAGAUUAGCAUUUCUUUAAACAAUGCAGUGAUAGUACUGGCAAAAUCUCCGGAGAGCCGUGGACGAUGGCGAGAAUGGUAUUGUGGCUUGAACCAUGAUUCUUUGGAGGAAAGGUUGUUUCUUGAUGAGGAAAACGUUAAUGAGUUUCUUGAUGAGGUCCUGGACUCCCCAUCGACACAGGCAAGGCCCCUAGUCCCACCGCUGAUUGAAGUUCUUCAGGUUACAGAUGAGAAGAUUCAGAUUCAUGCCAAGUCGCAAGAAUGUACUGAUCCUGAUGGGCUUCAAGGAACGGGAAAAGGAGGCAGUGAAGGAUGCCCUCUCAGUGAAAAGGGAAACACAGACCAUUUUCCUACCUCUCCAAGUGACUCCCAUUCAUCUGCAGCAGUGGAAGCAUUGGAAACAAACCCCUGUGGCUCAGCUGUGGGCCCUCAACACAUCUGUCCUGAUGCUCCUCACAAGCUGUCUGGAAAACCCCAGCAACUAGAGCCAAACACGGAUCCUGAGUUUAUAAAAGAAAACGGUGCAACCUGCUCAGCCGAGGAGCAGGAAAAUAGAAAAGAGCCAGGCGUGACUGAGGACAAGGAAUUAGAUGGCGAUCACCUGUCUUCAGUACUGAACAAAACGGUAGCACGAAACAUACCUGACUUGGACAGCAUCAAAGAGACCAAUAUGGAGGAUGGUAGUGUGCAGAUCAUUAAGGACCACACGACCCACUGUGCAUUCAGUUUUCAGAACUCUUUGCUGUAUGACUUGGAUUAGUUGUAUAUAGUUUUGAAAUUUAAAUGUUGUUUAAAAAAAUUUGGGACCUAAAA